GAAGAAGAGAAAGUCGGGCUAUCCAUUUGGCCGAUCGUGCUGUCGGGGAGUCAGCGGGAGGUGGUCUGGAACGUUAUUUGACGGACCGGCGCGCCUUGAUAAAAAAAUAAAUACUGGGGACGUGUUCGCAGGUUUACGCUUGUUUUUUGUAGUCAUAAGAAACCGAAAUGGGGAUCCGAAAGAAGACUAAUAAGAACCCUCCGGUUCUCAGCCAUGAAUUUGUCAUCCAGAACCAUGCAGACAUUGUUUCCUGUGUUGCUAUGGUGUUCCUUCUUGGGCUUAUGUUUGAGGUCACAUCAAAGGUCGCAGUUUUGUUCAUAACUGUACAGUACAACGUAACCAUCUCAUCCAACGAGGGACCUGAGGAGACGUCCGUGAACUACUUUCAGCAUGGCCUUAAGGACCUGGCCACCGUCUUCUUCUACAUGCUGGUGGCUAUCAUCAUGCAUGCCAUUAUCCAGGAGUACGUGCUCGACAAGAUCAACCGGAAGAUGCACUUCUCCAAAACCAAGCACAGCAAAUUCAAUGAGUCCGGUCAGCUGAGUGCCUUCUACCUGUUCUCGUGCGGAUGGGGAGCCAGCAUCAUCCUCGCAGAGAACCUGCUAUCCAAUCCUGUGAGCCUGUGGGAAGAAUACCCCCAUGCCCUGAUGCCGUUCCAAAUGAAGUUCUUCUACAUCUGUCAACUGGGCUAUUGGUUACAUGCUCUUCCUGAACUCUACUUCCAGAAGAUCAAGAAAGAGGAUAUUCCCCGUCAGCUGGUGUACAUUAGUCUGUAUCUUGUGCACAUCGCAGGAGCAUACAUUUUAAAUCUGAACCGCCUGGGCUUGGUCCUGUUUGUGCUGCACUACUUUGUGGAGUUCCUCUUCCACGUGGCCCGUCUGGUGUACUUCAGCAAUGAAGAGAGACAGACCGGGUUCACAUUAUGGGCUAUCCUCUUCGUCCUUGCCCGCCUGCUGACCUUGUCUCUGUCAGUUCUCACUGUGGGCUUUGGCCUCGCUGGCGCUGAACAGCAAGGCCUGGAUCUGGCCACAGGAAACUUCAAUGUCCUUUUUGUCCGGGUCACGGUGUUGGCAGCCAUCUGCAGCACUCAGGCCUUCAUGAUGUGGAAGUUCAUCAACUUCCAGCUGCGCAGGUGGCGGGAGCAGGCCCAGCUGCAGCUGAGCCUGAAGAAGAAACAGGCCCCGUCCAAAAGCAAGUCCAAGAACAAAGCUAAUGGAGUUAAUGGAUCUGUCAGUGCCAAUGGAGCCGAUUCACCAAGAGCACGGAAAGAAAAGUCCUCGUAAGCGGCGUGGCCCUCCGUGAUGCCAUCUUGCCAGUGCCCUGACUGGAGUCAGUCCACUCAUUCCUACUCCCGUCAAGCCCCCCCAGCUCCAGGCUAUUCCCCUUGACCAAUCUCCAAAGGGUCCAAUGCAUUCUGCUUUUUGUGCUGGUAUCCAUUUUACAACCUUCUCCCCAGUAUGCCACACACGACCCAGCUGUGCCAAUAGUAAAAAAAGAAAAAGAAAGAAAAAGAAAAAAAAAAACUAUGAGGAAAAAGGAGUUUUAAAAAGUGCCUAACUAGACCAACACCUGCCGUUCAUUUUUCCAUUAUAGUAUUUUCAAUAAUCUGCUUUGGAUCCAAAUACUGUAUUUCAUGCUUUCCCCUUUAAACUUUAUUUAUCAUGUCUUAUUUCGCAGCUUCCCUGUCAAGGCUUUAACACUCUUAUGGUGUGGAUUUGCAUUUAAAUAUUCCUCUCUUGCAUUGAAUGACUGAAAGCAAAACAGUUUGUCUUGUGAGGCAGUGAGACUGAACGUCUGUGUGCAACCAAUGAUUCCCCAAUAUUCAACCACAACUAAAGCCAUUUAAGUGUCUAUAGUGGGGGUGGUGCAUCAUUAUCAUAAUAAUUAUGAUUAGGGACUAUUAUUGAUUUGGGACACACAAUGAGAUUAACAUCUUGAAUUCCAUGUAGUUCCAUCUCUGUAGGUAAACUACAGACCAAACAUCCAGUGUUUUACCUUAUUUAGUGGCCAUCAUGUGUACUUAUUGAAGGCAUUCUUGAUGUCCUCAUACUUGUGUCUAUGAGAGAAUAUAAUAUUUAACUGUUGUGGCCAUUUUAAAGACCGAGGCCAAACAUGGCUGGAUAGGGGACUGUGUAUGUUUGUAUUUCUCAGUUUCAAAUGACAAGAAGAAUAUAUUUUGUUGUAAAAACAAUAUAUUGUUUAUAAAUCUA